GAUUGUUAGCUGCUCUUCAUCGUCCUCAGAUUACCACUGAUGGGAGCAGGGAUGUCAUUAUGAUGGAUUGUGUUCCUCCUGCUUUUGCUCCCACUCUGUGUCGUCUCCAGGUGACCCUUAUGAAGUAUUUAAAGAAGAACAACCUGGACAAGUGCAACAUCGUGCGGUUCAUCGAGAUGACCCCGCUGAGGUACAGCAUGAAAGCUCUGGUGUUCGAGAUGCUGGAUUUUACUCUGUGUCGGCACCUCAGAGUCGGCCGAGACGUCCCCGUUCUGGAACUAAUCGACGUCAGGAGCAUCAUCCAACAGAUGGCAACAGCGUUGGACGCCCUGAAGACCCACAGUUGGACAACAUCAUGGUAGUGGCCCGUGCAGAGCAGCCCCUUCGGAUCAAGCUCAUCGACUUUGGGUUGGCUAUUCCCGCCUGCAGAGCAGAGCAGGGCUCCACUGUACAAACGCUCACCUACGGGGCUCCAGAGAUUAUUUUGGGCCUGCAAUUCUCAGAGGCUGUCGACAUGUGGUCUCUGGGCGUAGUAAUGGCUUUCAUCCUGACCGGAGAGUCGCUCUUUGAAGCGAGCAAUGAUUACGAUGCGAUGCAUGGAAUGGUGGAGCUUCUUGGUGUUCCUGCGGACCAUCUCCUAGAAGCUGGGAAGUACUCCACCUCGUAUUUUAGUAAAGACCAAACAGGCCAGUGGAAACUUAAAAUGCCUGAGGAGUUCUGGCUGGACGAGACUCCUCCUGCAGACUGCAGGCACUACACUUUGAGGGACCUGGACGAGCUGGAGACAUUACCCCUCCCCAACCUGACUGAUGGGGAUGCUGAUGAGAAGAAGGAGUGCAUCCACCUGCUGAAAGUGAUGCUUCGACUGGAUGAGGAUGAGAGAAUCACUCCAAGCCAAGUCCUCUCUCAUCCGUUCAUCACGAGAGGAACCCUCAAGCAGAGCUCAGACUUGAUCAGCAGCUGCAGUGAGUCUCGUGAAGCCCCUCCAUCAACACCAAUAUCCAUCCUGGUGAAAUCCGCUCCUCCUGAAUGCUGCCUACGAUUGCACGAAGACCUUGUCUUCCUCCAUAUUUUCCUGAGGACUGCAGCGGGCAAGCGGAGACAUCUGAUGACGACAGCAUCGCUCCAGGUAGGAAAUAUUGUGAACGUCCAAGACUGAAUCCCUUGUGUUCAUAUGCAGAAAUUCAUAGAUCUUUGGGCAGCAAGGUGGCUCAGUGGUUAGCACGAAGGCCUCACAGAGAGGGCUUGGACUCUCUGUGUGGAGUUUGGACGUUCUCCCCCCGUGUCUGCGUAUGGUU